AUGGUUGCUGUGCUGUGUCGCAUUUCCUCCGAGUCCCUGUCACUGGAGCCCGGCCACCGCUCCAGGAAGUGGUUUCUGCCACAGGAUCCUGGGCCCCGCCCCCGGGAAGGUGUCCUGCAUGUGUGCCUGGAGAGGGUCGGCCAGCUGGAGCUGUGGCUGCAGAGAGCCCGGGGGAGCCUGGUAUCCGGGGGAGCUGCCGGUGCGUCAACCAUGCAGGACAGCGUGGAGCAGCAACUCCUCACCUGCCAGGAGAUGUUCCUGGAGAUCGAGCAGAGGUUUGCAGGGCUGUCGGCGCUCGGCCAGGCAGCUGACCAACAGCAGCACGAUGAACUGGGAGCUGUGGGAUCACAGCAGGAAGCGGCUGAGCUGCUCUCCUCCAAACUGCAGCUCCUGAAGGCCAACCUGGUCUCCUUCCAGCAGCUGCUACAGGACAGACAGGGAGAGGAGAGACUCAUCGCCCAAAAACAGCUACAGCAACAGAAGUCCGUACCUCAGCCAGAGCGCCGCCCGGAGUCCAAGUUGCAGCGCAGCAGCAGCGUUCAGGAGAUCUUCUCCUCACCGAGAAACAAACUGCUCAGACAGAGCAGCCUGCAGCAGCAGAAGGAGUUGGAGCAGGAGCUGACCGAACAGAGAGGACUGACUCAGGCCAUCGCCAGGCAGGGCAGCCGAGCUCGACUCCACAGCCAGGGGUCAGAGGACCACAGCCAGCUGUCGCCAUGGUCGCCUCCUGCUGAGUUCGAUGUGGAGGAGGACUCUGCUCAGAAGAAGUGGGAUCGCCUUCACAGUCGGCUGCUGGCUCUGGAGGAGAGCUGGCUGCUUCCUCCCUCUGAGGUGACAGACUCAUCUAUGAGGCAUAGUGAUGGAACAGCGGGACGCAUGAUUGGCACACAAACCCUGAAAGAGCUCCAAACUCACAUCAGCCAUCUGAAAGAGCUGGGACAGACAGCGGCAGAGCCUCUGAGUCAGGCCUCCGCUGUGGACAGCUCCCAUCAGACGCUGGACGAGGGCUUGUUUCAUGUGCUGCAUGGCGUCUCCCUGUCCCUGUCCUCUGUCAACAACCUGCUGCAGACGCCUGCUGAGACGACACAUGGAGAAGACACACGGCUGAGGCUGCUGCAGCUGCAGAGUCUGUCAGCAGAGCUGACUACCCUCGGCAGCGAGCUGUCCUCUCAGGGGUCAAAGGUCAGCAGCGCCCUGGGCUCACAGCGUGGUCAGCAGUGUGUCGAUGAUGUGUGCAGAGCACUUCCUGUGGUCCACGCUGCACUGAGCAGCAGAGAGAAGCAGCUCACAAACCUGCAGGAGGAGGCAGCAAAGCAACAGGCUGUGGUUCAGAUGCAGGAGUCUCUGCAGCAGCAGGUGGAGCAGGUGAGCUCCCUGCUGGAGGAGGCUGAUCGACACAACCUGCCUGCCUCCCUCAUCCACCAGGCCUCACAGCUGCAGGGUGAGCUGGCUGGUGCACUGGGUGGUGUUGGCUCUCGCUCUGAGGAGCUGCAGAACGGUGUGGAGGUGCAGCAGCAGUACGAGCGGCUGGUUCACAGCCUGGAGGAGCUGCUGGCUUUUGGCUCUGAACGCCUCACACAGCCUGACACAGAGCUGCACAGCAGAGCUCAGCUCCAGCAGCAGCUCAGCAGUCACACGAAGUUCUUCCAGUUCCUGGGCCAUCAUUUUAGGAUCCUGCAGUAUCUGACCCGGAGAGUGCCAGAGAGCGCCCGCCAGAGGUGGGAGGGCGUGAUGAUGGGCCUGCAGGAUGAAGUGGCCCGACUGCAGCGGCACGGGCUGGAGAAAGGGACCAAGAUGCAAGAAACGCUACAGCUGUGGUCACAGUGGGAGGAGGACAGCAUCUGGUCAGACUCCCUGCUGAGAACCAUUGAGACUUCAUUUCCCAAGAUGCACGACGGGGGUAAUUCUGAGGAGCAGAUAUCAGAGAAGCUCUCUGUCUACCAGGAGCUUCGUGGUGCUCUGAAGGAAAACAAGGCGCGGAUCAGUCGGAUGUUGGAGGCGGGGCUCUGGCUGCAGAUGGCGGGCUGUAGAGGAGUGGGCGUGUCCACCAGCAAGCUGGAGGUACGCUGGAAAACCCUGCACAAGAAGGUGGAGCACCAACGCACCAGUGUAGACAGGAAGUGGAAGCUGAGGAACAGGUUUCUUCGUGACUCUGCUGUACUGGCUGUCUGGAUGGGCGGGGCCAGAGAGCUGAUGGACAGAUGCAGGCAGCUCUCUGUCUCUGCAGAGGAGGAGACGGACGUUGAACAGAGGCGUGACCUCUACCUCCAGUUUGUGGUUUUGACCAAAGAGUUGGAUGCCAAAACUGGACUGAAGGUGGCUGUAGUCGGAGCUGGCACCCAGCUGGUUCAGCUGAGAGAAGAAGAUGAAGACUCGAAUCGAGAGGACAAAGAGACGCCAGCAUCUCAAACGUCAGAGCCAGAUCUCCGCUCCAUCGACUCCCAGCUCAGACAGACAGAGCUGCACUGGUCCAGUCUGCUGGCCGAUGUUCCUGCCGUCCAACAAGCUCUGCAUAAGCGAUGGGUGGAGAUGUCGAGCCAGCAGGAGGCGCUGCUGGAGCUGCAGACGUGGCUGGAAGCUGCUGAGUCCCAGCUGGAGGAGCUUCGCAGCAGAAUCAACCAAACCUCCUCUACCAACACCGACCUGAGUCAGCUGCUGAAGUACUGCAAGGAGUGUCAGACAGAGAUGUCGGCCCAUCAGGCCACACUGGACUUCGCGAGCCAGCCGUUAGAAACCUGCAGUACCGAGGACGGUCACAGGAGGCGCUAUGAACACAAGCAGUUUGCAGAGGAGCAGGGUCGCCUCAACCAUCAGUGGCUCAGUUUGCAGGAAGCCCUCAACUCUGAGAUCCAGGAGGUGGAGCAGAAGCUGAGGAGCAGAGCGGAGCAGGAGGCUCGACUGCAGCAGAUCCGCAGCUGGAUCACAGAUCAGAACCGCUGGAUGGACUCAGCUCAGACACCCAGCAGCCAGACGGAGCUGCAGAGGAGCAUCAACACCUGCCAGGAUCUGGAGGAGACGAUGAGGCAAAAAUCUGCAGCUCUUCAGGAGUUGAGAGACAAACUUGAUAUUGGAGGAGGAAAGAGCAGCUCUGAAUUUAUCUCUCAGGCUGAUAAAUCCAUCCAGGCCUGUGCAGCUCUCACGCAGCAGCACGACUCAGUCAAACAGAGGCUGAUUCGGGCCCAGCAGCUGUGGAACUGUGUGAAAACGGGACUGAAUCAGAUGCUGCUGAAAACAGUGAGAACAUCACAGACGCUCGAUUAUCACAGCGGCACUCAGCUCUCCCUGCAGGCUCACAGAGAUGUCCAUGAAAAGCUGCAGCUUCUUUAUGAGGAGACGGAAGCUUCUGAGGCCGAGUGGGACAAACUGAGUCAAACCGCCUCCUCCCUCAGAGACGUCAUCAGUCCUGAUGCUGCCGCUCUCCUCACAGAGCAGCUGGACAGACAGAGACACAGUUGGACUGUGGUGUCCAGAGCGUUGGACCAGCAGCUCCAGAGGAGUCGGGGGCGUCCUGCAGGUCUGGGAAAUCUACGCCCGGCUGGCUGCGUCUUUCUCUCAGCGGCUGCAGACGCUGCAGAGCGAUGUCAAGUCAGCGUGAGCGGAGCGCCUGGAGACGAGAACACAGUCGAGCAGGUUGCUGUCAAGAUAAACAAUAUUCAGAGUCUCCAGGAGAGGACAGACACUCUGCAGUGUGACCUGGAGGGGGUGCUAGAGGCCUCCAAGGAUGUAAUUCGUCACCUGGAGCCUUCAGCUGCCAGUUUGGUCCAAUCAGAGAGCAGGUUGUUGACUCGUGGUGUUCAGCAGCUCAGCCAGAGGGUGGGGAGGAAGCUGGCUCAGCUGCAGGAGGAGCUCGAGCGGCUGCAGGAGUUUGGAAACAUCCUGGAGUCACUGGAAAGGAACCUGGAGCUUUGGCAGGAGCGUCUGCGCAAUGUGGGCCGGACAGCAGAUCAGUCUGGCCUCCUGGAGCUGAGCGGCCUGUCUGCUGACCUGGAUGUGCUGAAUGAGCAAAGCCGGAGCCUGACGCUAGGUGACGCUGCAGCACGCCGCCUACAACGCCUUAACCGCUGCUGGGCCGACGCCUCCGCCAGAGCUGAGGAGGCCUGCAGUGAGCUGCAGACGGAUGCCCUGAGGCGGCAGAGCUUUGAGCAGAAGUGUGAGAGCUGGAUGUCUUUCCUGCAGAGGAUGGAGGACAGCCUGGCUGUGGAUGUGGCCGGCUCUUACAUCGGCCUCAGACAGCAGCUCUGCACACACAAGAGGUUUCAGGCAGAGCUGGUCACUGGUCACCAGAUCCUUCACUCAGUGAUCGCUGAAGCUCUUCACCUGCUGCAGAAAGGAGAGGUGGAGGACAGGAGUGACUUCAUCCUGAAGCUCGCCCAGCUCAGGGAGCACUGGCAGGGGGCGGUGCAGCGGGCCGACCAGCGGCGCUCCCUGGUGGAGGGGCUGGUGAAGCAGUGGCACCUGUACAGCCGCAGCCUGAGGAAGCUGCAGAGGUUCCUGUCGGAGACACAGACCCUCCUUCCACCUGCCACACCUGCACACUGCAGCCUGCAGCAGCUCCGCCGCUCCCUCCAGGACCUCCAGGUGAGACAGACAGCUGCAGGCCUUGAAGGAAGUUAA